UGCCAUUCUAAAGAAAACAUAAACAUGCGUUGGUUAACUUGUUUAACUUUUGCCGUUUUAGCCACAAUAAGUGUCAAUGGCCAACUAGGAGAAUCAUUAAAAAAAGAUUUUUUCGAUGUUUACAAGAACACAGCAAAAGUAGCUAGAAAUGUUACAUCCGAACCUGUUUCGGCUGACAAAGUAACCUAUUACUUAUUCAAAAAGGACAAUCCAACCAAAUUUAUUCAAGUCGAUGCGAAAAAAUUGGACGACCAGUGGAACAAAGACGCUAAAAUCGUAUUCUUUAUCCACGGUUGGACGAAUAGUAGAGAUAUUCAGUGGUAUGAAGAUUUAAAAAAUUCGUUUUUAAAUAGAAAGGAAGAAUAUUAUGUUGUACAAGUCGAUUGGAAUGAACCUGCUAAUGCUAUUUAUACUGUUGCUUCAAUCAGUACUUAUGAUGUUGGUAAUCACAUUGGUGACUUGAUUGUCGAUCUCCACAAGAACCACGGAAUCCCAUUGGAGCACUUCGUUUUAGUGGGUCAUUCCCUAGGCGGUCAAAUCUCAGGAUUUAUUGGCAAACGAGUAUUCAAGGAAACUGGUAAAAAAUUGCCCAGGAUUAUUGCUCUCGAUCCAGCCGGUCCUCUUUUCAUCCAAAGGCCAGAAGAUAAACGAUUAAACCCAAGCGAUGCUGAAGUCGUGGAAGUUUUGCACAGCGAUGGCUAUACCCUGGGUUAUCCCACCUCUAUUGGUACCAUCGAUUUUUAUCCAAAUGGCGGUAAUUCUCAACCAGGAUGCAAGAGAAUCGACCUCUUAGAUUUUAGGAGUCUUGGAGACCCAUUUUUCUGUGACCAUAGAAGAGCCUGGGCCUACUACACUGAAGCUAUCUUGAACCCAGGAACCAUGUUGGCCAAGAAAUGCAAAGAUUGGAAAUCCUUUAAAGACAACAAAUGUGACAACGUUACUGUAGCUGUUGGUGAUAUAACCACCAUGGAAAAAGGAGAUUUCUUCUUGGAAACCAACAAAGAGCCACCAUACACCAAGAAUGGAAAUACUAAAAAAGGCCUUGGUGGACAAAUUUUAAGCUUACUUCCUAAAUUUUAAGUGAUUUUUGACGUGAUUUUAAUAGUAAUAAUGUGUAUAGUUUAUUAAUUUAUUUCAUUAAAUUUCUAAUAUUUUA